AAAUGUCUUUAGGGUCCGUUCACACAGACCGGCUCGGAGAGGAGAGCAGAUUUUUAUCACGUUGGAAACAGUGUUUUGAGUGAUUGUAGUAAAGUUUAUUUUUGCAUUUGCACCUUUUUUGCCAUUAAAAAUGCCUGAACGCGCUUCGUGUGAAGUAAUAAAAGGAGCCGACCGGCUCCGCUUGCGUGCUCUUUCUCGCUCGCGCAGCCGAUCGGCUCUGAUUGCGUGCUCUUUCUCGCUUGCGCAGCCUGUCGGCUCCGAUUGCGUGCUCUUUCUCGCUCGCGCAGCCGAUGGGCUCCGAUUGCGUGCUCUUUCUCUAUCGCGUAGCCGAUCGGCUCCGAUUGCGUGCCCGCUGCGGCCGCGCCGACCGCCAUUUUGAUAGCAACAUUUGAACGUAAUAGUUGUGCGUACUUGUACGAAAAGAUGAAUGAUGAAAAAUUAAUAAUACUCGUGUCAAAAUAUGAGUGUUUAUUUGACAUAACCAAGCCAUCAUAUAGCGAUCGGAUAAUGAAAGACAAUGCAUGGGAGGAAAUUAGCAAAUGUCUCGGAAUAAGUGUGACGCAGUGCCAGGAUCGUUGGAAGAAACUGCGAGAUAACUUCAGAAAAGCCUAUUAUAACCGAAAAGGCAAGAGUGGCGAUGGUGCAACUACGUCCAAAUUGAUAAAAUUUGAAAAAGAACUUUCUUUUAUAAUACCAUUUUUUCGCAAUCGAAACCAAAUAUCUAAUGUAACAUUAUCAUCGGAUGAUUCAGAGCCUGGCACACCAAUACCACCACCAUCGACAUCAUCUAAACGUUCUGACCAUUCUGAAGUUGAAUCGCUUGCAAGUACUUCUGGCUCGAAAAAGAGACCACGCUUAAGCAAAGAUGUUGCUACGGUUUUCGAAGAGUAUCUUGAAGAAAAAAGAAAUACUACACCCCGUGACAAGGCAUUACGUAAUUUUUUUUUGUCUAUGUCAGAUACAGUGGAAACAUUCCCAAAAGAAGUCCAAGCACGAAUUAAAAGGCGCGUGUUUAACAUUGUUAAUGAAGCUGAAUUAAGUCUGUAUGAAAAUAGUACAGAUUUGAAUUAUUCUCAGACAGCACUGUCGCAUCGUUUCAAAGGCUUGUGUGCAGCGAAUUUCUUGGAAGUUAUUUUCUACGAAUUAUAAUUUUUUUUUUUUAUGAAUAAAUUUAUAGUUCAAUGCGUCCCAUAGCCCGUCAAGCAUAAGUUGCAAAUAAGCAAAGGAAACACUUUAAUCGGCAGAAGUAAAGAUCGUAGCGCCUUACUGAUUAAAAGAAAAUCUUUGAAUAACAAAAGAAAUGUAGCAUACCCAAUUUUUUGCCAAUGUCUUUGAUGGUAAUUCGAGACUUCAAAUAGAUUAAAAUACGAGCUGAACCUUGAACACUUAUUAAUAGUUAUUAACUGGUUUUAGUUAUCACGUAUUCAACCGCCCAACGGCAAUUAUUCUUUGUAUUUUGUAAUCCGGAUUGAAAGGUGAGUGCCAGAGCCAGUAUAAUUAGACACAAGGGAUGUAAUAUAUUCCCAUUAUUAUUUCAGCAAGGAAUAAUUUAUAUAUCUUAGAGUUUACUUGUGGUAGAGAUUUGUGCAAGCUCGUCUGGGUAGGUACCACCCACUCAUCAGAUAUUCUACCGAAAAACAGCAGUACUUGGUAUUGUUGUAUUUCGGUUUGAAGGGUGAGUGAGCCAGUGUAAUUACAGACACAAGGGACAAAACAUCUUAGUUCCCAAGGUUGGUGUCGCAUUGGUGAUGUAAGCGAUGGUUAACAUUUCUUACAAUGUCUAUGGGCAUUGGUGACCACUUACCAUCAGGAGGCCCAUAUGCUCGUCCGACUUCCUAUUCUAUAAAAAAAAGAGUGGAACAAAUAAUAUUCUCUAUGUAUACCUUAAUAUUUAUUUAUUUUUAAUUUAUAUAUUAUAUUCCCAUUUUAUCGGUUUUAUCCGCUUCAGAUCUGGCAGUUAGAUUAUUAUAAAUAAGAACUGUACCCGUUAUGUACAUAUAAUAAAAUGUGCAGUGAUUAAAUAUUGUUUUUUUAAACCAAACCUUUAUUAUUAUUUUUUAGAUAAAAGAAAAUAAUUUGUUACCUAUUUUUAAAGUUUUGAUAAAACUAAAACAUAUGACCUUCGCUAUUAGCAGUAUUAGCAUUAGCGGUUACAUCACUAAUACACGUAGGCGAUGCCGUUUCACUUAGGGUAUGAUU